AUGUCAGGAGCGGGUGCUUCAGCAAUCCAAGUAAAGAUGAUAUGUCAGGUUGUCAACGUUGACGAUUCCGAUGAAGAGACCCAACGCAAGCCAGGCGCCAAAUCAAAGUCGUGGCCUCGUGUCCUCCGCAUCUCGGCCGGCCGCGUGGCUGCAGCCGCCGGCCUUCAUCGUCAUGCCGACCCGGGCGAAGUCUUCAUAGAGCUGCUGUACCAGGAUUUGCCUGACAUGCUUCUCGCAGACGCUGCGGACGCCAGUGUUGAGAUUGUCUCGCCGCAAACGGAGCGCGCGCGUCUCCUCGCGAAGAGUGGCGAGGCAGAAGCCCUCGAGGCGGCGUUGUGCGAGGCCUUCCGGGCGCCCAAGGUCGAGGCGGCACAGGCCGCCCGCGAGGCCAUCGCGAAAGCAGUGGAGGCCAAUUAA